CGUCAAAACUGCACAAUGCGCCGUCCGGCGGGCCGUAAUUGGAUUUUAAGUCCUUCGAAUCUUUCAACUCGACUCGAGAUUGAUAAUCCGGGCUCCUCCACUUCCGUUGAAGGAUGGCACAGCGGGACUGAUCUUUUGCCAAUCUCACUGGUGUCUGUCAAUCCCGGCUAUCGAUAGUCGACCAGAUGCUGGGGGCCUUUAGAUGAUGGAUUCUUGAUCUCUCAAAUAUGGACUCCGGCGGCACGCCCGUUCCUCCUCUCGAUGAUGCCCUGCCCCAGAUCCGUGAUUUACCCCAGCUAUCCAGUCUUCGUAUCGCUCCCCUUCGACAGCCAGUCUCUUCUCGUACGCUAAGCGUACCCUCUCCGCUUGAACCCAGCGCCGGUGGAAUUCGCGAACCCAAUAUAUCCAAGGCCAAUUCCAGUGGGAAUCCACCGGCCAAACUUCCGACCCUGGAGGAGUUUUUGAACGCUGCCCGCACUAAUACACUCGUUGAUACUUCUUUUGAUUCAAUUUCUAGCCUGGAGCCUCCCCCAAAGACUAUCUUGCCUGCUUUCAUCAACCUUCGCACUGUGGAAAGACUUCCGUAUCCUCCUGCCUUCGAUGAAGAUGGUUCUCGUAAACGUCCUCGUCUCGAUGUCCAAGGGGAGAUGUUUGUCGACCACCUUCAACUGCCGAUUCCUCAUGCCCAAAACGAGAAGAAACCACCUCCGUUUGGUCCGUUCGCUAUCCUAAAUGGACUGAACGAGCCUCCGCCAAAUGCCGCCCUCUUUCCUCCGAUCGAACCUGGAUCCAUAUCGCAGAUUCUGACGAAGCCCACGAAUCACGGUCUCCAAUCUGACACAGCCAAUACUCAUCCGCAGAUCGACAGUCAAAAACAUCAAGAGGGAAGGAGAGAGGGCAGACUGGAAGAGAUUCUCGAUUCUAGGGUGAGCAUCGACGAGGGAGUAAGAUACAGGAAUACGAACCCGACAUCCGAGAAGCGCGCAGAAGAUGGAGAAAAUAGAAACCAAGAAAACAAAGAAACCAGCACCGAGAAUUCCGAGAAACCUGCCGAUGAUAGUGAUGAGCCCAUGUCGCCCAAGACCAGAGGUCGUUCGCGGAAAAAGCUGCGCAAAUGGACAGAACAAGAAACGAAUGACCUGCUAAGAGGUGUGGUCAAAUGUGGCAUUGGCAACUGGACUACCAUAUUGGCGCAGCCUGAGUUGAAGUUCAACAAAAGGUCUGCGGCCAAUUUGAAAGACAGGUUUCGUGUCUGUUGUCCCUGGGCGUACGGCGCUGCCGAUCCAAAUGAAGCAACUAAGCAGCUUCAAACCACUCUCGCGAACGCCCUCCUCAAGGCCGAGUCCCAGGGCAAGGAUGGUACUGCUGGGAAGAUUCUCCUUCCAGAUCCACGACCAUCCAAGGCCGGGGCUGAUUCAACUACGUCUGCUGGAGGCCCAUCAGUCAACAUAACAACGUCUCCUAGCGGUCCUUCGACUCCCGAGGUAGAUGCAGCAGGCUUCAAGUUUCGUACCAAAUACCCGCCGACCUUCAAAGCGACCCCUACUCUUUCCAACAAAUCUAAAUCAACGCUUGUGUCUCUUGGAAUCCCUGAGCCUUACUUCACGAUUAAGUCGAAGAGGCGGUCGCGCAGACCCUUUACUCCUGCAGAGGAUGAGGCCUUGCUAAAGGGAUAUGCUGUGCAUGGCUUCCAGUGGACUCUGAUCCAGCAAGAUAAACAUUUGAAUCUGAGCCACCGGAAGGCCACCGAUUUGCGUGACCGUUUCAGAACCAAAUUUCCCAAUGCUUAUCGUGAGGGCGGUUCCGUCAGUGGAAAGACCUUCAACACCCAAGCAAGAGCCGCUCCAUCUACUAAUCUCGGUGAACCGGGGAAGGAUUUCCAGCCCGUGCCUAGACAACCUCCAGUGCCCAAUUCCGCAAACUCCAAUCUCACUGACAGAAAUCGCAAACCGAGUGCUAUUGACAACGGCAACAUGCUGGGGCCUAUAGAUCCAGCCUUGCUACCGCCAGCUCCACCUCUAGGCCUACCUGAGGCUCAAACAAAUGUCCCCCAUCCAAAUGCUUUCCCGUUCCCGCUGGACGAGAACACAUCGGGCGCCUCAAACAGCGAGACUCCCUGGGAGGACAACACGCUGCCACCCUUGGUCUGGGAUGAGCUCCCGUGAAGUUCAACUUUCCCAGGCGAGGCGCUCCUUCGCUUCUGGCCUCUGUUCUUCCUCUUCUUCCCAUUCACCUUUGAAAAACACCCACUCCUCCAGGGACCUUACCUUUUUCUUUUUUUUCUUUUUGCUUUCGUUUUUUUCGGGCUCUUCGUGUGCCAGAAAACUAACGUUAUCUGUUUGGUUGACCUAUACCCCGCAGCACACGUCGGCACUGAUUUCUAUAGAAAAACUUCACUUCUCACCACCCCAUUUUCUUGGCUAUUCUUCUUUCAAUCUUUACUAUCCCGGCGUUUUCA